AUGAAUGCUUUAUAUAAUCACGCCGUGAAACAAAAGGGUCAAUUACAAAAAGAUCUUAAUAGAUUUGAGAAGAACCCACAAACUGCACCAAUAUCGUUGCAGGGAUCAAUUUCUGCUACAUUAGUCUCCUUCGAAAAGACUAUAAAUCAAUAUUCUGACUAUUUAAAUAAUCAACCAAUUCUAAAUGAUCAAGAAGAUAAUAUAAAUAAAGAGAAAAAUCUGAGUCGAUUAGUUUCUUUAAGGGAAGAAUUGGACAGAUUCCAAAUAAGUUUCAAAGAUUUGAAAAAAUUAUAUAAUGAAGCAAAUUCAACUAAAAAUCAGAGAAACCAAUUAUUUGGUUCAACAACAACUUCAGAAAAUCCUUAUAAUGAUAUGGAUACUGUAAUGAGUCAAAGAAAGACAACUUCCUCAAUUUCAACUCAUGAACAACAACAGCAAAAUAGUAAUAGAUCUUAUUUGGAUGGUUUACAAAAUGAAAAUUCUGUAUUUCAAAGAGGGAAUUCACAAUUAGACUAUAUUUUAGAGAUGGGUCAAAAUUCUCUCAAUGAUAUUAUAGAACAAAAUCAUAUUUUAGAUACAGUUCAAGACAAAUUAACGAAAUCUUUAAGGACAUUAAAUGUGUCAGAAGGCACUAUUCAAUCCGUUAAUAGUCGUCUGUUUAAAGAUAAACUUAUCUUUUGGGUGGGAUUGUUUCUAAUGUUUUUAGGAAUGUAUUUAGUAUUGAAAUGGUUAAGAUAG